AUGACCACACCGAGACAGUUGGUGUUUAUAGACGAUGUUGCUACGAACCAUGUCAAAUAUUACGAUCCCAUAUUUUCGUCGUACUUGAAGCUUCGACAAGAUUUGCUCAUGUUGUAUACAUCAAUAACGAAACAAGUUGAGGAACCAAUUAAAGAAGAGGAGGAUUCGUCUGCCGUGGUGAGUAAACCACACAUGGCUCGGUUCAAACUACAUCAAUUAGAAGUUGAGUUGCAUAAAGUUGAACUAACAUACAAGACACACAUUGAUGAACUAAUCAACCUCCUUCGAAUUGAGCAAAACAGGAAGCCGGAUAUACUCACUGGAAUUAAACACGAAUUGGAACAGAUUACAGCUCAGAAUGAAGAACUUCAAAAAAGGAUAACCAAAAUUCAGAAAAUUGAAAAACCCCUUUUAGACAAAAUAUCCAAGCUUGUGAAUAGUUUCAACAGCAAUAUCGAGAAAUCUUCCGCUAGAUUAAUCCAUUCGUCAAUAAUCAAAUCACUAAAAGGCGAACGAAGCGAGGAACAAAAGGAGAAAGAUUCCAUGCAGAUAGAUUACCAAUCAUUGGCGUUUAGUAAAGAUGAUUUACGAUUACAAAUCAGACAUGUGUUGAAUGAUGCUGGUGAACAUAAUGGACACAUUGAUGAAUUUUUGAGAAAUAAUAGGAUAUUCGAUGAGUAUGAUGAGUCGCAUGUGCUUUAUAAACUUUCGAGAUCUACAUUGUUUGAUAUAUCAAAUACCAAGACAUUGGAUGAAUAUGAUGAUAUGAUUGCCAAAACAGUGGAACAAAUUCAAACAUUGAAAGAUGAAGGUGAGUCUACUAAACAUAGUUGGAGCAAGAAUGCAGAAAAGAUGAUGAAAAUCAAACAUAUUGUAAAUGGUGACGGCAAUGAAGAAGAGGAUGUUGAGAUGGCUGAAGAGUAG